GUUUCCAUUAGGGUCAUCAGGACAUCAUGGGUCGUCGCAAGUCAAAGAGAAAGCCACCACCAAAGAGGAAGAAUAUUGAACCUUUAGAUAUUCAAUUCAAUUGCCCAUUCUGUAAUCACGAGAAGUCAUGUGAGGUUAAAAUGGAUAAACCGCGGAAUGCUGGCAGAGUUUCAUGUCGAGUCUGUUUGGAGGACUUCCAGUGUACCAUCAAUUAUCUCUCUGAACCUGUUGAUGUUUACAAUGAAUGGAUAGAUGCAUGUGAAACAGCAAAUUAGUGGUCUUGUAUGUUUAAUCACUUGUUCUUUAAUUUUGUCUUUCUUUAUACUAAAGGUUAUAUACUGUAUAUUGAAUUUGGGCCAACUUUGCUUUUCACCGUGUUCUGUGAAUAUUUUUCAGCCUUUCAGUACCAUAUACUGUACUGUAAUUAUAAAUUUGUUUUAAAAACAAGGAUCUUUCCGAUUCUUUCAUGUGUGAUGUCUCAAUAUUGGAGUGUGAAUCAGAGGCUUAGGGAAAAUUACCAGAAAUACACAGAGGGGAAGUGUGUUUAGACUGUUUUUUUUUGUUUCUCAUGAAAAUAUCAUUGUAUGAUCAACAGAGUUGAGGUAAAUCUGACAGGGUAUAAAAGUGAGACGUACAGCGGCUGGUUCUGAAGGUGACAAAAAUGUGGCUAUUGUAUUAUUAGGUAUCAAGAGCACCAUUGUGUAGGCUUUAUCAUUUUAAUUACACUACUAUGGUAUAUACUGUAAUAAUUCAGAAAAUUCCCGACUCCAGGGCCAAGCUUGCUCGAUAAUAUAUUACAGUAUUGUAAUGCUGUUUUCUGAAGCAUAAUGGGAAAAUGUGUAAAAUUUGAAGCAUCAUCAUGAAAUAACUAUUGUAUUACGUUGCCAGGUUGUCACUACUUGUCGUCAGUUUCGUGUAAAUGUCUUGCCAAUUGAGUCAUGCAAGGGUAUGAAAAGUCUUACCAAAGGCUCUACGUUAAAAAUCCAAAAGCCAAGGUAUGAGGUGGGCAAGAGCAUUGGUGUUAAUGGUUUUCUAUUACAUAGCAGCUUGCAAUUUCUUUCAUUUCAUAAAUAGUGUGAUAGGCAUUUACAAGUUUGAAAUAUAGGUUAUUAAUGGAUGGCUUCAUACUGUUGACUCUUACAUUACAUUUGAUUAAAUAUAAGCCAGCUCUGUCAUUUUAUAGGUAGGUUGUAUGAAUUUCUUCACUUAAAAGCUUUUCCUACUUUAAUGUAGAGGCCAGAAGGAAAAACAGUAAUAGACUAGACGUCUUUGAGCCACCUGAUCUUACUUACUCUGACAUCAUCAUAAACUACUGUGUCAUGCUGCUUCUUGGAUGCCCAUCUCCCUUGUUCCUUUUAAUCCUUGUAAUUUUUCACCCUCCUACCAACCACUUCUUGAUUUAUACCUUUUUCAUUCUCUCAGGAUAUCCAUGCUGUACCCCAUAUUAAUACAGCACUCAUGGUCCUAGUUGUCACUACCCGAACCCCCCCCCCCUUCAUCAUGGUUGGCUCGAAUCAGGGAUGUUGGCCAGCCAGCAAUCUUUUUCUUUUUCACUGAAGCAGUUUUUCCGACUGCACACUGACAUUUAUGGUAUUACAGCAAUGUCUAUAUAAAUAAAAUCAUAUAAUGAACCACAUGAGCAAUAAAAAAAGAAAAGAAAAACAAGUAUGUUUUGGUGAGUAUAAGAUCAAAUCCAUCAUUAAUUUUUCAGUGAACUUACAUUUUGAUUACAUAAAACACCAUUUUUCUAAAAUGAAUUAUAGCAAAAAAAAAAAAUCGGAAUCGGUUUUACUAUGGUAUUAUUAAAUCCAUCAUUAAUUUUUCAAUCAACUUACAUUUUGAUUACCGUACAUAAAACACCAUUUUUCUAAAAUGAAUUAUAGCUAAAAAAAAAUCGGAAUCGGUUUUACUAUGGUAACAUAAAAUCUCUUAAGGUAAAUAAUAAGGCUGUACAGUAAUGGAUUUUAGAAAAUAAAAGGUGACCCCCUCAAAAAAAACAUUUAGUAAAUUCUGAGUCAAUUAUCAUGUUUAAAAAUAAUCAGUUUUGUAAUAUUUUAUUUAAAAAUAAAAAAAAUGUAUGUGGUGAGCUGAAAUCCCAUCAGCUGGAAAGAACCAUGGAACAUUUAUCUCCCACACUAGACAUUAUCUAUAUAAAAGUAUAUUAAAUGUUUAUAGAACUUGAUCCUAUGCUAAAUUUUCCACAGAAUCUAAUACUGUUAUCUAGUCCCCAUCACUAUUGCUAGCUAAAGCACUCAGUUUCUUUGCUGCUCUUCAGCACUUGAUACAGAUGAUGGUGAAUAGCGAGUCAUGAUAAUAGGGCUAAAAUUUGAAUUGUCAUAAUUACUACACUAGGAAAUGUUCCAAGAAUUAUCUGCAUUAUAUACAGUCAACAAUAGUACAGUACUCGCAUGUAACACAGCAGACGAAGUGUGAUUAGGUUUAAUUAUCCAUGCACGAUAGCAACCCUCCUCGCUCGAGGUCUUGACCAGACUAAUUUGACAAAUUUAUCCUGCGAGCAGACAUAGAUGGUGCCAGUUAUGAUACGCUUACCGUGGGUCUUCAUGCUACAACCUGUACUUCAUCCCAAGUGUCCAUAGUAGUUUUUAUAAUAAAACUAUUUUUUAUCUUGAGAACACCACUGGUGACCUAGACGGAGUGUAGCGCAAGUACAGUAUUUGGACAGGCCCCCUAGUGACCAAGACCGUGAAAUGUUUAACCUUUCAUCUGCUAUGACGCAUCUAAGUGUUCACAUCUGUCUGAUGUGAAUAUUUCAUAUUUACAUUUUCUACUUUCUCCUUAUUCUGCCCAAAUAUAACUCUCAAGCUCAUUGUUACUGUUCUGUUAAAUUAAUAUGUUUCUUCAUGUUAUAUCCUACAUGUUGAUUGAUUGUAUAAUUCCAAAAUGAAUCCCCAACUUCCCAAUUUUGACAGUCUUCUCUCCAUACAGUUUCUAAUGCACCUUUUAAUAAUUUUAUUUUUAUCCCGAUUCAAUUUGUCACCCAUGUUCCACCAGCCGACACAUCCAUUCCGAGAUACAAUAACUGAAACAUCACUUUCUCCAGUCAAGCUGGUGUGUAUUACACCAUUUCUUUGCAAUUCACAUUCCUGGUUAACUAUAUCCUUAGUAAACACACUUCCAGAUUCAUUUCUUACACAUUUUGUAUUAUUUAAUCAUACAUUUGUAAAUGGCACUUAAUUCACUUCCAUUUGUAAUCUGUAUUGUUUACCAAGCGUACUACCCUCUUAGCCAUAUUCAACUGAAUAAAACCAUGGCAUCAUUAUGUAUCUUUAACAUAGAUUUGCUCUCACUUAAAGCAGAUUCUCUCUUCACACCACUCGUUUUCCUUAAAACUUGAUACAUACGUGUACUGUACACCAUUUUCUAAACUUACACUACUUGUCUCCUAAUACUUGGAGAAUGUUACAAAUAGAAAUAAAUGGUUAGAUAACUGUUUUGGAUAAAAAGCAAAAUACAUUUUGUUUACGUGGAAUGUUCAUUCAUUAUUUAAGAAAAAAUAAAUAUAUUAUUUGUACUGUAAUUUCACCCAGAUAUUAUUUAA